GUGUGUGUGUGUGUUCACAAGCAAGCACCCUGUGUGUGUGUGAGUGGGUCUUUACAAAUUCUCUCCCCUGCACCACCUUGACAAUAGUGGUUUUUGUCAAACCAUGGCCAAGUAUACUACUUUGGCAAGUCUUUUAAUCCUUCUUCUGAACUUGGGGACUUUGCUAACUACACUUGCAUGCCCUUACUGUCCAUACCCAACGCCGCCUUCCAAACCACCCAAAUUGCCUCCCUUGCCACCCCAACAUCCUUCUAAGCCACCACCCAAACCUCCAAUUGUGAAACCGCCUUACGUCCCCAAACCACCCGUUGUUAAACCACCAUAUGUGCCCAAACCACCCGUUGUUCGACCACCAUACGUGCCCAAACCACCUAUUGUUCGACCACCAUACGUGCCCAAACCACCCGUUGUUAAACCACCAUAUGUGCCCAAACCACCUGUUCGACCACCACAUGUGCCCAAACCACCUGUUGUUAGACCACCAUUCGUGCCCAAACCACCUGUUGUUCGACCACCAUACGUGCCCAAACCACCCGUUGUUAAACCACCCUACGUGCCCAAACCUCCAAUAGUGAAGCCGCCGCCUUACGUCCCCAACCCUCCAAUAGUAAAGCCGCCUUAUGUCCCCAGCCCUCCAAUAGUAAAACCACCUUCUCCGCCGCCUUAUGUCCCCAACCCUCCAAUAGUAAAGCCGCCGCCUUACGUCCCCAACCCUCCAAUAGUAAAGCCGCCUUAUGUCCCCAGCCCUCCAAUAGUAAAACCACCUUCUCCGCCACCUUAUGCCCCCAACCCUCCAAUAGUAAAGCCGCCGCCUUAUGUCCCCAGCCCUCCGAUAGUAAAACCACCUUCUCCACCAAUUGUGGUGCCACCACAACCACCUUCUCCACCAAUUGUGGUGCCACCACCACCGACACCAAUUGUGAUGCCUCCUUCUCCCCCGGUUGAAAAGCCAUGUCCUCCUCCUCCGCCGCCAGAAACGCCAUGUCCACCACCACCCCCAAUGGUGGUGCCAUACCCUCCUCCGGCACAACAAACGUGCCCAAUCGACACUCUCAAACUAGGCGCGUGUGUGGACGUGUUAAGUGGCCUAAUUCAUAUUGGAAUCGGAAGCAGCGCUAAGGACACUUGUUGUCCAGUGUUGCAAGGACUAGUGGACUUGGAUGCAGCUGUAUGUCUUUGCACAACCAUUAAGGCAAAGCUGCUGAAUAUUAGCAUUAUUAUACCAAUUGCUCUUCAAGUCCUUCUAGACUGUGGGAAGACACCUCCUUCUGGUUUCCAGUGUUCUGCUUAAGCUUGUUAAGGUACAGCUGCAAAACUUCCACACCCAAUAAAAUCCAGCACUCUGAACCCAGUUAUGUAUUUACUAGUCUUCUUAUUUAUUUAUUUUUAUUUUUGUUUUUGUUUUGUUUUUUGUUUUUUUGUUUAUGUGUUUGUAAGCUGUUGAUCCUAUACAAUAUCAAAUGGAUUUUGUAUGGGAACUGUUUGUUGUAUGAAAAAAUAGAUCUGCUAUGCAGAGGAUUGCUUGCAAUAAUAAUGAUCUGUGUGGGAGAUUGAUUCCAA